AUGGAAGAAGCAAACCAGUCUGCCAUGUCUGAGUUUAUGUUUCAGGGACUUUGUGAUUCAAGGGAGUUGCAGACACUCCUCUUUCUGCCAUUUUCUGUACUCUACCUGAUGACUGUUAUAGGUAACCUCUCUGUUGUGCUACUCAUCAUCACUGAUCUCCGUCUCCAUUCCCCCAUGUACUUUCUCUUAGCCAACCUCUCAUUUGUUGACUGUUGCCUUUCCUCAGUAACCACCCCUAAAUUAACCACAGACUUUUUAAGGGAAAAUAAGACCAUUUCCUUUGCAGGCUGUAUGAGUCAGAUCCUCUGUGUGCAUUUCUUUGGAGGGGGUGAGAUGGUGCUUCUCGUGACAAUGGCCUACGACCGUUAUGUGGCCAUCUGCAAGCCACUCCAUUACUCCAGCAUCAUGGACAGAAAAAAGUGCUUCUGGCUAGUUUUGAUAUCAUGGAUCAUUGGCUUUGUGCAUGCCAUGAGUCAACUGGCAAUGAUUUUGGAUCUGCCCUUCUGUGGACCUAGAGUAGUAGAUAGCUUUUUCUGUGAUAUACCUUUGGUGAUCAAACUAGCCUGCAUGGAUACUCAUACUUUGGGAACAGUGAUAAAUGCCGACAGUGGGACUUUGGCAACAAGUUGCUUCAUUCUCUUGCUGAUUUCCUAUACCUAUAUCUUAUUAAGUCUGCGCCUUCACUCUAAAGAUGGGGCAUCGAAGGCACUCUCUACCUGUACUUCCCACAUCACAGUUGUGUUGCUGUUUUUUGGACCCUGCAUUUUUAUCUAUCUGUGGCCACUCAGCAUCACUUGGGUGGACAAGUUUCUUGCAGUGUUUUACACAGUAAUCACACCUCUCCUGAAUCCAGCCAUUUACACACUGAGAAAUAAAGAGAUUAAGAAUGCCAUAAAGAGACUGUUAAAUCAGCGUUUGCACUUAAGAGAUAAUUUUUAG